UCUCGCGAUAAUACGGCUGAUUCUCGAAGCGAGUUCGGGAACUGCGGCGGAUGUUGAUGUUUUGCUCAGGAUAGUGUGUGUGUUCCGUCAGAAAAUCUCCUUUAUGUGGCGUUUUAUGAAGGAUAGCGUUGAAUGAGAAACUUGUGAGUGAUCUCUGAGGAAAGCUGAGUCGCUCCCGGGAAGCGCGAGGCCGAGACCGGCCAUGAUGGAGGACUUUGAUGAGAUUUACGAGGAGGAGGAAGAAGAGGAAGAGGAGGAAGACGAAGGCCGGGCGGCGGAGGAGCAGCUGCUUAAAUUCGGCCCGGAACCGGUUCUGGUCCGCGGAGCAGGUCGAGCCACCGUAUUUGGACUCAGCAAUAAAUUUGAGACAGAGUUUCCCUCAGCACUUACAGGGAAGGUGGCACCGGAGGAGUUUAAAGCCAGCAUGAGUCGAGUGAACGGCUGUCUGAGGAAGACGCUGCCGGUGAACGUGCGCUGGCUGCUGUGUGGCUGUUUGUGCUGCUGCUGCACGCUGGGACUCAGUCUGUGGCCCGUCAUCUGCCUCAGCAAACGCACACGCAGAUCCAUAGAGAAGUUACUGGAGUGGGAGAACAACCGCCUUUAUCACAAGUUGUGUUUGCACUGGAGGCUGAGCAAACGGAAGUGUGAAACCAACAACAUGAUGGAAUACGUUAUCUUAAUAGAGUUUCUACCCAAGAUACCCAUCUUCAGGCCGGAUUAGCAGCUGCUCACGCUGUCCUCUGCCUAAGGUGCCUUCUUCUGGUACUGUCACACUUCCCUCGCUCCGGACUAUAAACCCGUCCUAUAUAUACACAUACAUACACAUAUAUACACAUAUACACAUAUACAUAUACGCUGCUUCUCCCACACUCAGUGCUGUUUACACACCUGCGUAACUGCCCCUGCGUAACUGCCCCUUGCCCCCUCUCCGCCCCUCAUCUCGCCCUCUCGCCCCUGCUGCGUUCAGAUCCACCUGAGAACACCACGGUCCUGCAGCACAAGGCUCUGAGCCACCGGCAGCCAUCUUGUGAAUCUGGAUAUGACAGAGAAACGGGGGUUACCAUAGCAACGUAGCAACGAUGAAAGAAAAAAACAGUGUCAUUUUUUUCCCCCCAGCGGAGAGCAAACAGCAACACCGAGUCAUCAAGCAUCGAGGUGGAGGGCGGAGCUUAUGUUCGAUCAACCAAUCAGAAAACAUGAUCGCGUGACAUCACUGCAGUAUAAUAAUUAGCCUGAGGUUCUUGAGGAGCUUGUUGUUGGGCUGUCUAUUGCUAAAGAGGUAACAUGAUGUAAGCUAAGCUAGCUGGUUGUAUUGAGGUAGCCGACUAGCUUGGCUAGGAUCGCCAAACUACAUUCAUGCUAACGAUGCAGAAUUCUGAUGCUUAGCUUGUUUUCGGUGUAAAUUUGAUCCAGAUUAUUCAGUAAUUUUCAGCACAUUAAACACAAAAAAUAGGUUUCAGUCUCUUCUAAAACAAAAAUAUUUCAAAUUUCAGAUAGCUAGCCAAGAAUGCUAUCUGCGAGGUACGUUGUUAUGCUAGCAAGCCAUCCGAUAACAAGUAUAAAUCACGUUAUUAUUUUUUUCUGUCAUGAACACUGUGAUAGCUAGCUUGCUAGUGAACUCAGCUAGCUCGUUAACAUCAGACAGUGACUGCUAAGACGAGGUAACAUUAACGCUAGAAAAGCAAACGUAACGCAGUGCAUAUGUGUGUUUAUGUAGCUGGCUAACAUUGGUAAUCCUUUAUCGCAGGAUUAAAAUUAGCAUUUUAUGCUAAAAAUGAACAAAAAGGAACGAAAAGGACGUCUUAGCCAUGUGAUGUGAUGUUACGUGAUCGAGUUUGUGAUCGGUUUCCGCUCCUCGUGACCCGGAGACGCACGUUACUUGCGCGAGUCGCUCCAUAAUGGAUAACGAUCCGCUGUUUUCCCUUCCUAAAUGAACCUGAAAGAGACAAUCACACACCGGCUGCACUGAACAGGACCGACUUGUGUAGUAAAAAAAACAAAGUGUGAGACUUUUCCGGAAGGUUCAGGUCGCAGCCGGAUCCCUUAAUGCAGCACAGGACGGAUUAUUUCUAUUAUUUUAUUAUUUUUUUUAAAGAUUGUGAGAGCUUUAUCAAACCCAUAAAAAUCUUCUCACAGAGGAGGUUGUGAGUGACAAUAAAUCUCUUGAAAACUAGGCAGUGUCUCAAAUCACAUCCGUCUGUAGUAUUGUAGUCACUGUGGGUCACUGUUAGCAUGUUAGCAUGCUGACAUCUAAUACAAUCCGGUUAGCAGCUUAGUUUCAUGAAUCUCUCAUGUAUAAACUCUUAAAAGUAUGUUCUCUUAAUGUAUGUUAGUGUACACUUAAUACUUUUAAGCAUUAGGUCAUAGUGUGUGAUUUGAGACACAGCCGUACUCUGAAAACUAGCCACCCUGCUAGCUGUUAGUACAUUUUUCUUCACAAAAAAAAAAAAAAGUUUUUCUUCAUAAAAAAUAUUUUUCCUUUUAUCGUGAUAACAUUUAACACACAAAAAGUUUUGGUAAAAUCUGAAGAAAAAAUAGGAAACAUUUCCCCUCAGUUAGCUAAUAUUAUGCUAACAAGGCCAGCACACGCUAGCUAGCAUGUCGUGUGUCAGUUUGCUGCGUUUUUGUCAUGAACACUAUAACAUUUCACACAGAAAUAUGUUUUAUUCCUGUGUGAAACAGCAGGAUCAUAACUUUUUGUGCUUAGCAAAACAGCUAAUUGUAUCCUUUUUAUAUUUUCAGGGUAGCUAUUUUGCUAGCCACUUAAGGCUAUGCUAGCAAGACACAACAUGCUAGAUCCUAGCUAGCAAGUCACAUAGCGGAUUUGUUUCACUUUUAUUUUAAUUUAAAGUACUACUGUACUUAGCAAAGUGGCUAAUUGUUAUUUUUUGUCACUGAUAAAAAAUCAUACUUCCUCCUAUGAGAAGCGUUUUAGUCAGUAAAGCUCCCACAAGCCUUUUAUUUUAUUUUUAAAGUAUUUUUAUUAGCUUUGUUUACCUGCUCUGUUAAAAAAGAGCAGCUAAUGUUCAACUUCUUCGGUUUGUGUGUGUGUGUGUGUGUGUUUUGUAUCUGUCUGUCUCAUGAGCGAUAUGAGUUAAUGAAAAACAAUCAACAAAACUUUGCUGAGGUUAAAAAAAAAAAAAAAACACCCCUCUUGUAUUUUUAGGUCUUAGUUUAGUUUCUGAUUGUAUUAAAGUAGCAGUUUGGCCAAAAAUAAAAUGUCCGCCAUGACGCCUUACACCAAAUGGAGUAGUUUAGUGCUGAAGCUAUGAUGCUAGUUCAGCUAACAUGUAAUCAAAGUCUGUAUCUUUGACCAAACUGCUCCUUUACGUACCUUAUUUAGAAAUACUAAUAAUAAUUAAAAAAAAAAUACACAGAGCUCUGGUAUUGGUGCAUCCCUCAUUUGUGGAUUUUUUUUAUAAUUUAUAUGUUUUCAGGUUUUUUUUUUGGUUUUUUUUUUGCUGCCUGGUGAUUUUUCACCUUCAGGAACCUGCUGAGGAACAGAAGCUGUGAGAUGUCCAGCACCUGAAGACAGAUUCAUUUGUUGUAGUGGUCUUAAAGGAAAAGAAAUAAACCACAGAUUAACGUUAACCGUUAAUUACUUUGCCGGUUAGCAUUGUACGAACACGUGAAACCGUUUCUUUGAGCGAUUAUUUAGCGCAUUUGGAGUGGGUUCGGAGAUCGUAAUUAAGAUUAUAUGUCUACGAUACUCGACUCGUUUGUACGGAAGCAUUAUUAUUUUUUUCCUUUCUUGUUUUCUCAUGAUCUCGACGUGACGUGAUGUUGUUGUUUAUUGUUCUGGAGGCAGCUAAAGCUUAGCGCAAUCCCGCAGCAUCACGGAUGAACAAAUUCGCUUUUACUUUGAUCAGCUCUGUUUGUCGGAGAUCGAUAACGUCCACGUUAGUAAAUUUACAUCGUGAGAAAACAGAUUUUUGUUAUGUCAAGAUCACGAGAAAUCAAGAAAGCAAAAAAAUAUAUAAUAAUAAUGCAUGGCUUCUUAGGGCUUCUGUACUUUUGUUCACUGCUGAGUUUAAUUUAGCGAAACUUUACGCCAAAAACGAGAUUAAAGUCACAUUGUUCAUAAUUGUGUAUAAAAAAGUGUUACCUUAAUUUGAGCGUAAAAUUUGCCCAGCAGGUUUUAACCAAGUGUGUAUGAGUGUGUGUUGUUCAAUAAGUUUUACCCACGUCUUCAUGUUCAUCCAUUAUUAUUAUUUUUGUUUGUUUGUUUCUCUAAAGAAUAUUUAAGUACUGUGUAUGUACAGGAAUAAAGUACAAAUACACUGCUG